GACCUCGACCCCAAUACAGCUCUAUCUCUCCACCACAUCAACCUCCCAACACCAAUAAACCUCCUCACAAACCAAGCACAAAAAGAACAUUCACAAUGGAGGUAUUACUGGGCAUUACGGGCAAGGACUUCACGCUUGUUGCGGCGUCGAAGGCUGCGAUGCGUGGAGCUACGAUCUUGAAGGCAUCGGAUGAUAAGACGCGCGCGUUGAAUAAACAUACGCUGAUGGCUUUCUCGGGGGAGGCGGGUGAUACUAGUGAGUUGGAAUCUGCUUUGUUUGGAUUAAGCUGGGUUGGGUUGAGCUGGAUCGAAAGAGAAGGAUGGGAUGUUUGGAUCUGGGCUUGGAGCAUGACAUGAAGUUUGGAUUGGAGCUGGAGAAGCUGGAUCCGCUGCGACUCUGCUGCUGGAUAUUUUGCUGUCUCCUGCUCUCUUCAGCCUCUCAUGCCAUCUGCCUUCUCCCUCUCAGCCCUGUCCUGUCUCUUCUUCUCCUCCCCAAGCCUGCUCCCCUCCUAUGUCCCUACCUCAACCUCUGCGUCCAUAACCUUACUAACACCCACCAGUCCAAUUCGCAGAAUACAUCCAAGCCAACGCCCAACUCUACAGCAUGCGCAACGGCAUCGACCUCUCCCCCUCAGCAGUAGCCAACUUCGUCCGCGGCGAGCUCGCCUCCUCCCUGCGCUCCCGCAAACCCUACAACGUCAACCUGCUCCUCGGCGGCGUCGACCCCAUCACAUUGCGCCCCUCCCUCUACUGGCUCGACUACCUAGCGUCGCUGGCGCCCCUCCCCUACGCCGCCCACGGCUACGCCCAGUACUACUGCCUCAGUAUUCUGGAUAAGCACCAUCAUCCGGAUAUUGGGUAUGAGGAGGGAUUGAAGCUGCUGAGGCUGUGUACGGAUGAGUUGAAGAGGAGGCUGCCGAUUGAUUUUAAGGGCAUGCUGGUUAAGGUUGUGACGAAGGAGGGGAUUAGGGAGGUGGAGUGGAAUGAUGAGGAGAGGAUUGCUUGUCCUUAGGUGGAUGGGUGAGUGGCUGCGUGGAUUGGCACGGAGGGUGGAUGGAUGACUAGCUGGGAUCAUUGGGAUGGGAUGGAAGGCAAGCAAUGAUCAACUGGCUGGCUGUAUUAUAGCGAUAUUAUGGCAUCAAUGGAAUGGCGAACGCGGUUGAUUUCAAGACACUCUUUUCUCUAUGAAUAAGAGAGUGACUUACCUAAGGUCAAACUCUUCACGGCUGUCCUAUCUGAUACAGCAAACCGGAA